AUGUCGAUCUUGCUGAGCGCAUCGAUGUGCACGGCGGAGUCGGAGCAAGGGGAGCACUUGUUCAAGAUCUUCAAUUACAGCAUUCAUAGGGGCAUGCGCGUCGGCUGCUACAUCGAGUCGUCAUGGUUCACUGUUGGCGGCCAUGAGUGGUGCCUCCACUAUUACCCGGACGGGUCUAUGGAAGAUGGCAAGGAUGACAUAGUGGUUGCUUUGGAACUGAAGGAGCUGGACCAUAAGGCACUCACGGCGCGGAUGCGCCUUGACGUCAUCAAUGAUCCAUAUGUUAUCGAGGAGGCCCAUGUUGAGGAGGAGGCGCCACCAUCGGAAAUCACGGACCAACUCGGGAAGCUACUAGAGGCAAAGGAGGGCGUGGAUGUGACAUUCGAGGUUCAAGGAGAGAAAUUUCCAGCCCACAAGCUCGUGCUAGCGAUGCGGUCCCCGGUUUUCAAGGCGAUGCUCUAUGGGCCGAUGAUGGAGAAGGAUUCAAGCCGCAUCGUCAUUAACAACAUGCAACCCCUUGUCUUCAAGUUUCUUCUCCACUUCAUCUAUAACAAUUUGUUGCCUGUAGAUAAAGUCAUGGGCGAUGACUUGCUGGAUGAAGACGAUAAGAAAAAGGUAACUAGACACCUGCUUGUGGCUGCGGAUCGGUAUGGCAUGGAAAGAUUGAAGCUUAUGUGUGAAAGCAUCCUCUGCAAAGACCUCGAUGCCGAGUCCCUUGCAACUACAUUGGCUUUGGCCAAUCAACAUAGUUGUUCUCGGCUACAAGAUGCUUGCGUUCGAUUUAUUGCAUCAUCAUCUACUAAAAUAGAUGAUGUGGUGGCAAGCAAAGGGUACAAUCGGCUCAAAAGAACUUGUCCGGAUACCGUAAUGGAGAUGUGGGAAAAAGCAAGUAGGCUCCGCAACCGCAAAACCUAG